CGGAUACAAAUAAAUGUUAAGUAAAUGUAAAAGUUUGAUCUAUACACGAGCUAAUUAUGUCGUCGGGCGUAAUUAAAGUUAUUGUAUCAACUGUAGCUGCUAUUCUUGGAUUAAUUAGCAUUCUCAUAAUUGCAUCGUAUGGUUAUUUGGACUAUUACGAGUAUGGUUUGAGACGGCAGAAAUCUACAGGAAGCGUUGAUAAAACGGAAGUAUACGAUGGCGGGAGAUACUUUAUUGGUCCAGAUUUUGAAUUUAAAGUCUUCCCAGCAGAUCUCCAUGAAGUUGAUAUAGACAACGCAAAAGUAUUUUCUUCUGACAAAUUGGAGGUUCAGUUCUCAGCUCACUUCCAGUAUGUUAUAAGGAAGAAUGAAUUAGUUAGUCUUCAUGAUGCGUACGAUCUAGGCUAUAAAGAAGUUAUGAAGUCUAGUGCAUUAGAUGCAGUAAAGGGUGCAAUAACGGUAUACAAUGUUAGAGAAUUGAUUAACAACAGGUCAGAAAUUGAACAAACAGUAUGGAAAUCUGUCCGGGAGAGACUAGGAGGUACAUGCUGUAACAGUUAUUGUGACCGAAACAACCCAUUAUGUACAAAUUGUGUGACAGUUUGUUCACGAUCUCAGAGAGGCCUCAAUGUUGAAGUUAAAUAUUUCCAGUUGGGGAAAAUUAAGAUUCCUUCCGAAGUUGAAAACCAGUUUAUACGGGCAUCUACUCUAAAGGAACAAAAUGACGAGGAGAAGUUAAAACAGAAAGCUGUAAUCGUGAGGAAAGAAACGAAUCAAAAGGUUGCAGAAAUAGAAAAUGAAGCCAAAGAAAUAAACCAGAAUGCCACAGCACAAGCAGCAUUGGUACAAUCAAUUGCUCGAGCUAAUUAUACGGCUUUACUGGAGACGGCCAGGUCAGAGGGACUGAAACAAGUAUUCUCGAGUUUAAAUAUUACUCAGCAAGAUAAGAAAAACAGCUUUGAUUACCUGAGGACGAUUCGUGGAUUAGAUAAACUCCAUCUGACUGUUGAUUACCAGCAGAGAAUUGCCGGAAACUUGGGCUAAAAAAUUGAAGACCUGCUCUCACCAAUGUUGGAAACUAUAAAAUGCUGUAAAUUCAGAAAUAUUGCGUGCAUUUAUUAUUGCAAAUUGUGUCGAAUUAACCAUAGUCAGAGAAUAAUUAUUACGUUUUAUUGCAAUUUACAUACCGCUAUCAUGGGUUUUCGUGUCAUUUUUAAUGCAUUGUCCAUGACGUCACACUUUGCAUUGCUAAAACAUGCAUGGUACUAACUCAUAGGACGUGAAAAAAAACCAUAUGAUCUGACCAUUAUGUAUCGUAUAUAGAAAUGCAAAUUAUUUAUUGUAAUAUUCAUAAGGUCACAUUAUUUGCAUUAUAAAAAACCUCGCGGAAUAAUUUCUAAACUUACAGUAGUUGAUACAUAAAAAAGAAUCCCGGUUAAGAAAUGAAUAAAAGUGUAGUCACAUAAUCUUGGCAUUGUAAAUGCUUACUUGUGUGUUGUUAAUAUGAA